CUGGCAUCGCUGUUUAGUGAGGGGGUGUUUGGCCAGAAACACAACAAAAAAUGUAUACAAAAGAACUCCGAUUAAAAUUCGCAAAUUAAGUGAAUUAAACUUGACUAAACGUUAAUUAGUAAAUAAUCCAGGAUGCUUGACCUCGUUCACAAAGCCACUCUACACAGCAUGGUCUGUCAGGCAAUCCUAGUGCUAAUUUGUUUGCUCUGCUACGGAUGCGGAGGCCUCACUGGGGCUAAGUUCGUCUUUGACGAUACGGUGGCCAUUGUCAAGAACCGAGAUGUCAACACACUGCCCACCAACUGGACGGCGAUCUUUACGCACGAUUUCUGGGGUGCUUCCUUGCUCAGUUCCGAUUCCCACAAAUCGUUUCGGCCACUGACCACCCUGAUGUUCCACUGCGAGUAUGCCCUGCUGGGGCUGAGUGCCGCCCACAUGAAGUUCCUAAACCUCCUGCUGCACUGCGUCAACACGCUGCUCAUGUGGCGAUUGAUUCGCUCUCUCUAUGUUCCGGAAGUCAGCACGGCGAGAUGGGCCAUCCUCUCCGCGGCACUAUUUGCCGCCCAUCCAAUUCACACGGAGGCGGUUUCUGGUGUGGUGGGUAGGGCCGAGCUCAUGUUCGGCAUGAUUCACUUGCUGUGUCUUCUGCUGACCGUGGCCAACACCGGGAGACUCGGUCCACAGACUGGCGGGCUGAUCAUGCUGCUAACCGCUGUAGGAAUGCUAUUCAAGGAGUCCGCAGUGACCAUCCCCAUGUCGUGUGUACUGUUGGAUUACUUUCAAAACGGCUACUACCAUCUGCGAUUCAAGGAUCAGUGGAGUCUUUUGCGUAACCGGAUCAGCUACUUGUUCUACUUGCUGGGUACUUUGGGUCUUCUGACGGCUCGCCUUUGGUGGCAGGACUUCGAGACACCUACCUUUAAGGAAGUGGACAACCCCGUGGCACACAAUGAGCAUGUGCUGACCCGAGGGCUUUCCCAGCAGUAUCUGCUGGUCAUGAAUAUCUGGCUUAUGCUGUGCCCCCACUGGCUAUGCUAUGACUGGGCUUUGGGUUGCGUCAAGCUGGUGACCAAUAUUUGGGAUCUGAGGCUGCAGGGCGUGAUCGGAUUCUACUCCAUCGUAUUGGUGGCUCUGAUGAACUUCCGUCGCCUGCCCGGAAUGAUGUUAGCUCUGGGCUUAAUGAUCAUUCCGUUCCUGCCCGCGUCGGGAAUCAUUUGCGUAGGAUUUGUAAUUGCAGAACGAACGCUCUAUGUACCCUCCAUUGGUUUUUGCCUGCUGUCCAUCUACGGAUUUUUAUAUUGGUACGACUGCAGUACGGAGAACACCAAUUGGCGCACUGCUCUAAGUAUUUUUUUAAUGCUCCUCUAUACCGUAAUGAUGCUACGGACUCGACAGCGAGCUUCCGAUUGGCUUAACGAGGAGCAGUUGUUCAAGUCUGCUCUACAGGUGUGUCCUGACAAUGCAAAGGUACACUAUAACAUAGCCCGACUGGCCACUGAUACGGGAAACAAUACGAAAGCCUUUCAGCACUACCACAAGGCCAUUGAAUUGUAUCCGAACUAUGAGUCAGCCCUGAUGAACCUUGGCAACCUGUAUCGGGAGCAUGGCCAACUAUCAACUGCAGAGGAAUACAUUCGAUUGGCGUUGCAGGCGUAUCCUGCAUUUCCAGCGGCCUGGAUGAAUCUCGGCAUUGUGCAAUCGGCUCAGGGAAAGUUCGACAAGGCAUUGGCCAGUUAUGAGAAGGCCCUGAAGUACAGGGCCAACUUUGCUGUCUGCUACUACAACAUGGGAAAUCUGUAUCUGGAGCAAAAACGGUUCGCCGACGCACUCCAUCAUUGGCAGCACGCUGUGGCGCUAAAUCCCCGCCAGCCGAAAGCCUGGGCUAACAUUCUUACAAUGCUGGACAAUAAGGGGUUGCAGGACGACGCUCUGCGCAUCUCAAAUCAGGCUUUGCAACACCUACCCAACGAUGCCAGUAUCCUAUUUAUUCGAGCAAACGUUCUUGGCAAAUUAAAACAAUACCCAGAGGCGGAGGCGAUCUAUAAGCGUGUUGUUGAGCUGGAGCCCCACAACACUUUGUAUCACACAAAUCUCGGAGUUCUCUAUCAUCGCUGGGACAAGACGCAGGAGGCUAUAGAGGCUUAUCAGACUGCAAUAAGCAUUAGCGCGGCUAGGGCAACGACAGCCCGGGAGAAUCUCAGCAAGCUCUUGAAACGCCUGGAGAGAGAGGCCCAGGUCACGCAGAGAUAAGCUAUUAAUUCCCACCGCCAAAUAUGGAUCCAACCAAAUAAUAAGAGGUAUGGAGAAUAUUGCAAUUUUUGAAAUAAGAACUGUGUACUUUUCCUAGGCUGGAAUAAUCCAAAACGAAAUAUGAGGUUGUCGGUUCAAUUUCUUGCCUCCGAAUAUUUCGAAAGUACUUAUAAAAUACAUUAAAAAUAGAUAGUAUAAUUUAAUGCAAAUUCUGUGCAAUAUAGUAUCUAUAUCAUACAUCCAUAUCCCAUCAGCAAAUUCUCACAAUACCUUAAUUUUAUUUAGUAUAAGUUAGGAUAGUUUAUUCAUUUACUCGAGGGUAUAUACAAUUAAUGUUAAAACUAAAUAAUGAUCGAACAAUUACAAGACGACUUACAUAAAUUAACUAAACUCUAGAACUAAGGACUACAUGAAACACUUCAAAGAAUGGUGACAAUUCUGGCACCAUUGUAUAAUAAUUCAAUUCCAUUAAAGUUUCAUGAUUUUAAAAUAAUAAUACCGCAA